AUGUUCUUGAAGAAGGAAAGAGAUGCUAGCAGUAUCAUUACAAAUAUGCGCAUGAUGCUUGUGACACCUGCAUUGUUGUGCUUCUAUCUGCUAACAUUUAGCAAUUUGACAAGCAUAUUAUUUGCACUUGAUGAACCUCAAUGGUGGAAGAUUUACUGGAUUAAUUCUUCACUUCUUGAGAUAAAAGGAUUAUUGGACAAGCCAUUAUACCGUAUCCUACAAAAAGAUCCGGCUUUGAUUGAUGUCCUGAAAGAGGCACUACAAGAUACGUUACGUGAAUGUUCACGGCAGUCAAUCAUCCAUCAUUGGAGAUGUAACGUUGAUGGCGCACCUCGAAAAACGCUUUUCUCCAAUGUUGCUUCAUUUGCUAGCAAGGAAUUUGCAUAUUUCCUUGCACUUUCCAGUGCUGCAGCAGUACGCGCAAUAGCUCAUGCUUGUGCUCGUGGACGCCUUCGAUCAUGCUCGUGUGAUCCGGCAAGGAUCGGUCCAGUACACGCAGAUCAACGUGACACAUGGGCAAGAUGUAGUGUUGACCGAGGAUCUGACAAUUUACGAUAUGCCAUAAAAUUGUCAAAGCGUUUAAUCGAUCGUCAAUUUGCUUGCUCAUAUUCUGAUAGGGUGGCACAAAUUUAUCUCCAUAAUAUUGCUGUUGGAAGAUCGCGUGUUGCCUUACACAUUAAAUGUUAUUGCGUUUCGGCUUUCGGAAGCUGUCGACGGCGAUACUGUGAAGCAAAAGUGGUACCAUUUGAAAUGACUGGUGAUGCCAUUAUGGAAUCGUUAUUGCGAUCACGUCGCAUCCGACGCUCCAACAGUUUACCGACCUCACGUGUCACAUGUCUAAGGCCACGAAAUGAACGGAAUAUGCGGCGCAAAGUGGUACCAUUAUGGUUUAUCGAUACUCGAAAUUGGAUAAUGCGUAAUGGAAAAUCUCGUCGACGAUUGAAAACUUAA